AUGCCCGCAGGAAGCUACAUGGAUUGGGGACUUUUAGAUACCGCCUCCCUCACGAGCGGGAAACAAUACAUCACGAUCGUCAAUCUCACGCCGCAUCGAUUCAAACUCCAAAGCACGCACUCGUACCAAAUGGACGUCUUCGACUGGGGAGACGUCCCACCCGGUCGUGCCCGCCAAAAUCUUGCACAGUAUACAACAGCUGCUGGCAAGGACGCUGUGGAUGACAACGGCGAGGCAUAUUACAGCAUCGAAGGUACAAGUAAACAGUUCGUCAUCCGGGCAACAACUCAUAUUCCCGAUACUCACUGGCGCCGUACUGUUAUUGACCUCAGUGGGAUGGGCUUGGGUCAGCGCGAAUACUCAGACCCGGCAGCAGAGACCUCGGUUACGUUGGUCAUUACCGGGAGUGAAAGCUACGGCUUCAUCACAUCCCUGACCUACGGCGCGGUGAAUUGGAUGAAAGAAAUAUACGACGUUAUCAAGGAUAGGCCACUGCAGCAUAUUGUCAUACCGGGUACGCAUGACUCGGGGAUGAGCACUAUUAGCGAUAAGAUUGUCUCGUUGGGGACUACACCCAAUACCCAGACUCAAGCUCUCAGCAUUUACAACCAACUGCGUGUGGGCGCGCGAUGGUUCGACUUGCGUCUUAUGAGCGUCCACCAGUUAGAUACAAGCGAUUAUGAGUUUUAUGCUGCCCAUGUCAAUGAUGAGACGGCCGAUGUGCCCGUUGGAAAUACAGGGGAGAGCUUGAGCGACAUAAUCCAAGAAAUUAAUCAGUUCACGUCAGAGAAUCCCGGCGAAGUCAUCUUUUUCCACCUCAGAUACCUAAUUGGCAUCCGCAAUAUCCCCAGCGGUCCGAUAUACUGGGGCAACGACACGGUGGAUGCCUUCUUUACGCAGCUGGAGAAGAUCAACAAUCGCUGCGGGAAUCUCGACACAGACGUGCAUUUCCAACAUCAAAAGACCUCGUACUUUAUGGGCCAGAAUGACGGCUCUGGGUGUGUGAUUUUCCUCUUGGAUGGCUCUAAUCUAAAGACCGGCGUGACAAGUUCCUCCGUGUCGGACGGCUUCUACCCUGCUGGACAAAUGGGUAUCGACGACCACUGGUCUGAUCUGGCCAACACGCAACCCAUGGCCGAAAACCAAAUCUCGGUAUGGUCAGGAAUCGAGCGAGUGAAGCCCUUUUCAAAUGACGAGUUUCUCAUCAGUCAGUGGCUUGUCUCUGCUGAUGUCGUCACUACAACUGCACUCACCAUCCAAAACAUUGCCAUAUUACCUACGAAUCCUGCACUUUAUUGGGCAGGGGUAAACGCUAUGAGUCCGCAGAAAUGGCCAAACGUUCUGCUGGUUGAUUAUAUUGGCGUUGUGGUCACUGAUCAGUUCGCUUGGUCACAGCUGGGUGCUGAGUUAUAUACCCUGGCGAUUGGGCUGAAUCUCUACAUGAUCAGUGAGAAUUGCGAUGUGAGCGAUGAGCGAUCUCCAGUUCUGCCAUCCUUGACUUCAUCCACAAGUAGCCAGACCAAGAGGGCGGCUUCGGGCUGGAAUGGAAUUAUUUAUGCAAAUGGGACUGUUGUUGAUCAUCCACCACGGAAUCUGCAUCCCGGUCGCGUGGAAGUGCUGAAGGCCGGGACGGUAUUUAAUAACGGCACGGUCCUGGAGCAAGACAUUCGGAACCCUAAUUUCAAUUCCACUGCAUUCUAG